GUGUCUGCCUACAUACUUAUGGAUUGCUUAAUCACUGAUGCUCCUAGCCGAGAUAUCGAAACUUAGGCGAGCCCCGGCCGAGCACAUUUAUGUGAAAAGCAAGUCAGAGUGCCUACCAGGCACAAGGGAUAAGAUUCAAAAAUCCCUACUCGAGCACCUGAAGGAAGCUAAGGACCGAUUCGUUUGGCUACGAGGAUCUCCUGGGAUGGGAAAGACUGCGAUAUCUAUGAGUGUCGCAUCCACUCUUAUGGAGAAGGGUCUGCUGGCCGCGUCAUUCUUUUGGGACAAGAACCAAGCAGGAACAGGCUUGGAUUCUAUCGAACUGUUCCCCUCUACCCUUGCCUGCUAACUUGCAUCCUUCAAUGAAGACUUCAAAUUGUCGCUUGUCAGACGCCUUCGGCAACCGGAUUUGGCCUUUGUUCAGAAUCUCCCUCUGGAAAAACAAAUCAAUACUCUGAUAAUUGAGCCGAUGCAUGAGCUCAAGGGUGUGUUUUCUUCAGACAAGCAUCGCUUCGUCAUCAUCUUGGACGGUCUGGAUGAGUGCGGGGAUCAGGAGAGACUCGGAUCUCUGAUGAAAUUAGUACUUUUCCUCCAGGAGCUACCACCGAUAAUUUCCGUGUUAGUUAGUUGUCGCUCUGAGCCAAGAGUCAUUUCAGCUUGGGAUGAAACUCGGGCCAAGGGUCAUGUCAUACUAUGUGAAGAUGUGGACAAGGUUGUAGAGGAAGCUUUCCAGAUGGUCCGUCGUAUGGUGGAAGAAGGCCUUCAGCACCUCUUUGACAAAUAUUCGUGGAAACCAGACAAGAGGGAACUUGACGCUUUCGCUCGAGCUUGUCGUGGGUUGCCUAUUAUGGCGUCUACCCGUGUUCGCUAUGUCUGCCAGCAGAGCGGACAUGGUCGCACCCUGCAGUCGGUGUUCAAGGACUUGCUCAACCUCCGUAACCUACCUGCCAACCUCAAGGAGGAGUACUUGCGGAUACUUCGACAAGCCUACAUGCCGGAUUCAUCUGGAAUUCACUCAGAUGCAGCCAAGAAGUAUUGCUUGGUGGUUGGUGCGAUCAUUGCAGCGCGCAUGCCGAUGAACGUCUCUUUUAUGUCACAGCUUUUCAAGAUUGGGGAAGAUGAAAUCCGUGCGACAUUGGAACCAAUCAGCUCCAUCGUCAAUCUUCCCUCAGGGAACACAGAGGGUGUCACCUUUUAUCACGCAUCAGCAAAAGAAUUCAUCAUGGGGGAACCAAUUGGUGAUGAAAAGGACAAAGUAUUUUUCAUUGAUGACGUGAAAGGGUAUUUCCUUGGAUUGCCGCUCCUUCGACUCUUCAAGAAUUAUUGUGAGCAGGAUGCGUUCGGAAUACCUACGAAACCCCCUUUAGGAGAUAGAAGAAUAUGGAAGGAAUUUAUGGUGAAAAAGAAGGAUUAUCAGAGGCGCUUUUCCUAUGUUAUUAAAUAUUUACUCAAUCACUUGGACCCUUCACAACUUUUUUCACAAAAGUCCAAUGAAUUGCAGAGCGAGUUUAAUUCCUUCAUCACGCAAAGGUACAUUUUGACUUUCAUGCACUUGCAAGAUGAGGAGAAGACCAUAAGACGAGAUAGAAGGUUUUUAUUUCCUGACGAAUUACUUCAAUUCAAGGAUCACAGUUCAAUCCACCUCCUGAGAAGUUUAGAGGGGGUAGCUCGCACUGCUGCGGAUGCACCAUGGGAACUCUAUCGAUCGAAACUUCCUUUCGCCCAACCCUCAUCGCCCCUUUAUAGCCAUCUCUCCGACUCCGCUUUUGGCGAGUUCUUUGGUGCCAGUACUGGCACCAUUCCAUUAGGCGAGGAUUUGCUCAGCGCCCAAGACGUCAUGCAGGCAAAGUUGAGUGAACCACCAGAGGCAGUCAACAAAUGGGAACGUAAUUACGAAGCUGAAAUCCAAGGACCUGAUGUUCGCAAUGACAUCAUGACAUUCUCCCUCGAUGGCCAUCUGCCGAUUACAGCACCGUCGAGCCAAUUUACCAGUCUGGACCGAAUUCGUCCACGGCAGCCGCCGAGUCGCCACCGAGGGUAACGAUGGGACUGUAACGAUCCUCGGCGACGGCAUGACCCCUGUGGAUCUUGGCACUCUUCCCACUGGUUCAUAUAUAUUUUGCUGGAUCCGCAGUCUCGGAUGAUGGAUUAUGUGUUGUACGAGUCCUGCAAAAAUUUGACAACCCUUGGUACGACAACAUGACGCUCAUAUCUGUUUUGGGGCAUCCAUCUAUUCAACGUCUUGCCUCUCCUCUCUCCCCAUCUUCUCAAUUCGGCAAC